AAUCACGCUCGUCGCUCGCUCGGACGCGAUACGAAGCGCGGAAUUAUCGCGUGCGGCGGUAGAGAAGAUUCGAUUUUUUACGCACGGCCGGUCGUCGAUGGCGAACACGCGUCCACGAUGGAGGACAGGAAAGAACUGCUCCGAGCCCUCGGCGAGAAAAUCGCCAGCGGUCACAGCAUGGUCGAGCGGCUGAGGCUCAUGAGCAAGAUCGACGGGAUCGACAAGCUGAUACGAAAGAUCCAGCAGGAGAUCAAGUUUUUGGAGAAGGUACAAUGUACAGGGAAUGUGAAAAAGGAACAUUUACAGAGCACAAAUCUGAUUCACCUCAAUGCUAUAGUAGCUCGGCUGUCCUGUGCAAAGAAUCCCAUCAGUGUGAUAAAGCCUUUCAAAUAUCAGAAGUCACGUCUGGAGGUUGACAUUGUCUGUAACAAUGGUGCCUCAUGGGUGAAGGUUAUAGCCAGAAAUGCGAGAGCAUUAACUCUAAUAUCUCUUGGUAAUGGAGAAUAUGGACAGAAAUCUGUGCUUGAUCAAGCCAAUUCUUACUUGAUGUGCAGCAAGUGUCAUCUGCAUCACUAUAGACCGCCAGAUGUUAUAUUUCACUUUGCUUAUGGCAUAGAGAUUCCUCUGGCUUUACAUUUGGAGCAGAUGGGCAUUAUAGUUGAAGGUGAUAGAAUAGACACGGACAAUGAAAAUUGGAGCAAUCAGUACGACAUAUCUGAACACGAUGAGAUCGAUGUUCUUAAGGAAUCAUCAAAGGAUUUGGAUCUGCAAACAUUGAACACAUCUGCGCUGUCGACUGAGAUCAAGCUUCUUAAUCUGGAUGUAUCAACACUACUGGCUUAUGUUACCAAUAUGGCUAAUGGAUAUAUUAAUUAUAUCUAUCGCGAGCCUUUACUCACUCAACAAGCCGAGAUGGAAAAGAAACGUCCUAUAAAGCCGAUUCUGGACGAUGUGUUUCGGGACAAGGAGCUUAUAGUGUGCCGGACAGCUUAUGACAAUUUUAUGAGUAUCAUCGAUGUUAUCGGUGGUCCGAAAGAGACGCUACGCGCUCACGAAUUUCUAAAGAGAGUUCGGAUUGUCGAUGACCUAGAUACCGGACGAGUUAUGGAACUACGUUUGGGCGGUAAAAUUAAAGAUCGGUCGCGAUUAGUUUUUGCCACGGGCGAGAAUAUGAAGAGCAUCACAGUUUCCGCUAAUGAAGGAUUUGUGAGAGCGGCACGUAUGCAGGGUGUAGAGUGCACAGUUUUCUUGCACGAACCAAGAUCUCUGUCGGAAAUGAAAGAACGCAAUGCCACGAGUAUGGAACUAUCCUGAUAUUAUUUUAACUACUUAUUUAGGCUAUUACAUACGAGCAAAUCAUGUACUGACACAAAAAAUGACAGAAAGAGGAA